CAGAUGCGGCAAUUCCCCGCUCACGGCGCGCACAUGGAACGCCUUCGCUUUCCUCCUCCCUCCCUCCGUCCCGUCCCGUGCCCCCUUCUGCCUUCUCUCACCGCCACGGCCACUGGCAUUGGCCGCGCUCGCCGCCCACCGCCCACCGCCCCCGCGCCGCUGUAGGAGCGCGCGCUUGCUUUAGCGUAGGCCAUGGCCCACUACUAGCGGGUGAUUAGCCUUGAUUAGCGGGCACCACUCCACUGUUACGGGAGGCGCGUUGUUUUAAUCGCGGGCGCGCGACGCCCGUCGCCUGUCUCGAAUAUCUGCUGCCGCCGCCAAAAGUGCGGAUUCCUCCUCCUCCCCGUCGGGCGGCCUCGCCCCCCCUGGUGCCUACUGGGCGCUGGCGGAGUGGGAGUGGAUCGACGUGUUGCGGCCGCGGAGUGGAGGCAAUAAAGGGAAAGCUGGGCGGAGUGCUCGGGUACCGUAGCCGGAUUAGUUAUUAAUGCCCGCGAGCAGCUAGUCGUAGGCGUAACUAUUUUAAGGCAGCUGUCGCCGCUGGGGACUUGCGAAAGCUUCGCCUCUUUUGAGAAGCUCUGCACCACGCCUGGCUCCGCCCCGCUCCCCCUCCACCUCCAGGCUUCCUUCACAGUCUCGCUGUUGCUAGUGCUGCCUUGCUGCUAGUGAUAGGGGUCCCGGGGCCCUCAAGUUCUGGGUGGGCGGCAAACAUAUGGUGGGCACCGGGCGGGGGAAUAAGGAGGAAGAGAAAGAGGAGGAGGAGCGGCAGUAGAUUUGGGCCGCACAGGCAGGGAUGGGGGGCAAGUACCGCGCGGCGAGGACGAAGAGGUGGUGGAGGGGGCUGGCAGCGGCCGGGUGGGUGCUAACCGCGGUGGUCUGCUCCGCGGUGAUGCACUGGACCCUGCGCCGGGACAGCAUGGACCGCGCCGAGGAGCGCCUCGUCAGCAUGUGCGAGGAGAGGGCCAGGAUGCUGCAGGAGCAGUUCGGGGUCACCGUCAACCACGUCCACGCCAUCGCCAUUCUCAUCUCCACCUUCAACUUCGAGAAGUCCCCUCCAGCCAUCGACCAGGACACCUUUGCAAAAUACACGGCAAGGACAUCAUUUGAGCGACCACUGCUCAAUGGGGUGGCAUUCGCACAGCGUGUAUUCCAUCAUGAGAGGGAAAUGUUUGAAAGCCAGCAGGGAUGGGUUAUGAAUACGAUGCAGCGGGAGCCUGCACCUCCGCAGGUUGAAUACGCCCCAGUGAUUUUCUCUCAGGAUACGGUUUCCUACCUUGCACGCAUUGACAUGAUGUCUGGGGAGGAGGACCGAGAAAACAUUUUCCGGGCCAGGACUACUGGCAAAGCUGUGUUAACAAACCCAUUCCGGUUGCUUGGAUCAAACCACUUGGGAGUAGUUCUCACGUUUGCUGUGUACCGCCCUGAUCUCCCUGCUGAUGCAUCAGUUGAGCAACGUGUGGAAGCAACUAUUGGAUAUCUUGGUGGAGCCUUUGAUGUGGAGUCACUUGUGGAGAAUUUGUUGAGCAAACUUGCUGGCAAUCAGGAUAUUGUGGUAAAUGUCUAUGAUGUCACAAAUGCUUCAGAUGCUAUGGUUUUGUAUGGACCUUCAAGUUUGGACGAGCAAGUGCCUUUCUUGCAUGUUAGCAUGUUGGAUUUUGGAGAUCCAUUUAGGAAGCAUGAAAUGAGAUGCAGGUAUAGACAAAAACUUCCUAUGCCGUGGUCUGCCAUCACCAAUCCUUUGGGCACAUUUGUCAUAUGGAUGCUUCUAGGGUAUAGCAUUGCUGCUGCAUAUUCUCGAUAUGACAAAGUUACUGAAGAUUGCAGAAAGAUGGAAGAGCUAAAAACACAGGCAGAAGCUGCUGAUGUUGCAAAAUCUCAGUUCCUGGCAACUGUGUCACAUGAGAUCAGAACACCUAUGAAUGGCGUCCUUGGUACUUAUGCAUUUAUUUUGAUUCUACUUAAUCUUCAGUUCCAUGGGCCUGGCAAUCUAAAAUUUCUGCCUUCUGGUGUAGGAAUGCUGGAUAUGCUUUUAGGAACAGAUCUAACUAUGACACAGAAGGAUUAUGCUCAAACUGCUCAAAUGUGUGGCAGAGCAUUGAUUACACUGAUAAAUGAUGUCCUUGAUCGAGCAAAGAUCGAGGCUGGAAAGUUAGAGCUUGAAGCGGUGCCUUUUGACCUGCGUUCUCUCAUGGAUGAUGUUGUUUCCUUGUUUUCUUCAAAGUCACGGGAGAAGUGCAUUGAGCUUGCAGUAUUUGUAUGUGACAAUGUUCCAAAGGUUGUUAUUGGAGAUCCUUGGAGGUUUCGACAGAUAUUGACAAAUUUGGUCGGGAAUGCAGUCAAAUUCACAGAACGAGGUCAUGUAUUUGUGCGGGUCUGUUUGGCUGAAAACUCAAAUGUGGAAGCCAAUCAGGUCCUACAUGGAGCCAUGAAUGGCAAAGGUGGUAGAGUUGAGUCAACAACUAAUGGUGCCUUCAAUACUUUGAGUGGGUUUGAAGCAGCAGACAGACGAAAUAGUUGGCAAUAUUUUAAACUGCUCCUCUCCGAUAAGGAGUCACUUUUGGAUGAUCUUGAGGGCGAAAAUUCUAAUCAAAGUGAUUCAAAUCAUGUCACACUAGCAAUAAGUAUUGAGGACACAGGUGUCGGGAUACCACUGCAAGCACAAGAUCGUGUUUUUACACCGUUUAUGCAGGCUGACAGUUCAACUUCAAGGAAUUAUGGCGGUACUGGCAUCGGUUUAAGCAUCAGCAAGUGUCUAGCUGAACUUAUGGGUGGGCAGAUAAGUUUCACUAGCCAUCCUUCUGUUGGAAGCACGUUCACUUUCUCAGCCACACUGAAGCACUCAUACAAAGAUAUUUCGGUCGAUUCAAGUAGGAGCUUGACAGAGGCACUACCAACUGCUUUUAAGGGAAUGAAGGCCAUCUUGGUAGAUGGGAGACCUGUACGUAGUGCUGUUACAAGAUAUCACCUCAAGAGGUUGGGAAUACUUCUUCAAGUUGUGAACAAUAUGAAUGCAGUAGUAAAAGCUUUCCCAGGACAAAAUGGAGCAACCGGUUCUAGGGAAAAAGCAUCAAUUCUUUUUAUUGAGAGUGACUUCUGGAGGCCUGAGACAGAUGUUCAGUUAUUGAACCAUCUACGCGAGCAGAAGAACGGUCAGUUGUCGGAUGGGCACAAGGUAGUUCUUUUGGUCACCUCUGAAGCCGACAAGGACAAAUAUGGAUCCAUAUUUGAUAUUGUGAUGUGUAAGCCUAUAAGGGCAAGCACAAUCGCUUCAUCUAUUCAACAACUGCUCAAAGUAGAGAUAGCCGAAAGAAAAGAUAAUCAAAACCGGCCGUCGUUUCUUCGAAGCUUGCUGGUUGGGAAGAAUAUAUUGGUCGUAGACGAUAAUAAAGUCAACCUCAGAGUUGCUGCGGCUGCACUCAAGAAAUAUGGUGCUAAUGUUAGCUGUGUUGAAAGCGGCAAGGAUGCUAUCAGUCUACUUCAACCCCCGCAUCGCUUCGAUGCAUGUUUUAUGGAUGUUCAGAUGCCAGAGAUGGACGGGUUUGAGGCAACCGGACAAAUAAGGCAAAUGGAGUUGAAAGCGAACGAGGAAAGGAAGAACAAGUUGGCUUCGAUUGAAGGCUCGACAACUGCCGAGUACCAUCUGCCUGUUCUGGCAAUGACAGCCGAUGUUAUCCAGGCAACUUACGAAGAGUGCAUAAAAUCGGGAAUGGAUGGAUACGUAUCUAAACCCUUCGACGAGGAGCAGCUAUACCAAGCAGUCUCCAGAUUGGUAGUGGGAACGACGGAUUCGGCUGUUUGAUGUUCAAAAUACGAUGGACCUGACUUCUCAUUCAUCGAAGUGAAGCAUCACCAUCUUGCCUCUGUCCAGCUGACUCUAUAUCCCUUGACAAUGGGCCUCUGACAUGGCCUCUCACAAGACUAGAUGAAAAAAGAAGAUGAAAGUGCCGUGAGUUAGGUACGUGUCACACAUGACAUGAAGUUGCUGCGGCAGCCCAGAGGAGUGUAGGUAGAUCACCCUGUAACUCUCUUGUUCUUUGAUGUUUAUAGGCUGUUGUGUCUUCUGACAAUUCAUUGGAAAUACCACAUCUCGUUGCAAUCCCCCUAGUUUCAGAA